AUGCCCAAAGCUAUUAGCGAGAUUCCAUCUUCGGGCCAGGAUAUGGCCCGGUUUACAAAGCAGACGAUCCUUGGUGCAACAUUUGAAGCCACAGAGAGGUAUACACAAUUAGUUCCCAUUGAAUUUGGAACUUCGGGACUCAGCUGUGCUGCACGAGACCAGAUCUGCAACCAAAAUGUUGCAGUAAAAAAGCUGACGGGUGUCUUCAAAACGGAAGCUACAGCCAAACGCAUGUUUGGGGAGAUUAAGCUUUUGAAACAACUUCGACAUGAGAAUAUCACCAAUUUACUGGACAUAUUCAUGGCCCCAUCCGAAGAUAUCUACCUUGUAACCGAUCUCAUGUCCACGGACCUCCAUACCCUUCUCAAGUCAAUGAAGCUCGAGGGCCAGUUUGUUCAGUUCUUUACAUACCAAAUCAUGCGUGGUCUAAAAUACGUUCAUUCGGUGGGCGUGGUCCAUCGGGACUUGAAACCAAGUAGUAUCUUAGUUAAUGAGAACUGCGAUCUCAAGAUCUGUGACUUUGGACUCACCAAAGAAACUCAGGUGACUGACUACGCCUCAACUGGAUACUAUAGGGCUCCAGAAACCAUGUUGCCUUGGCGAGAGUACACUGAAAAGGCUGAUGUUUGGAGUGCAGGUUGUAUCUUUGCUGAAAUGAUUACGGGAAACACUCUGUUCCCUGGGAAGAAUCAUAUCGAUCAGAUUCGCGUAAUUGCCCAGUGGCUUGGAAACCCACCCAAAGACUUUCCCGCCAAUGUCAUCAAUCAGAAGACACUGAAUUUCAUCCAUUCUCUUCCCAAACGAGAACCCAAUCCAUUAUCUAACUUCAUUCCUGGGGCCGAAGCAAACGCCACUGCGUUACUAGGGGAAAUGCUCCAGAUUGAUCCGCGUAAGCGGGUCUCUGCAGCUAAUGCACUCACUUCCCAAUACUUCGCUCCAUAUCAGGAUGUCGCAGACGAGUCAACGGCAACAAAGGUGUUUGAUUGGACAUUUCUUGAAGCCAAUCUGCCGGUGGAUAUCUGGAAGACAGUUUUGUACGCCGAGGUUUUUGGAUACCAUGCAAGCCACACACAAGGGGGAUCUGAAGAUUGA